UGGAAUAGAACACGACAAAGAACGAGUUCGAUAAAAUUAACAAAUUGAAUUGCUCUUUCUUUUUCCACUCAUGAAACUGCAUUAACCCUGUUUGUUACCCCAUCUUCGCGAAGAAGAACACCUCCCACUGUUCCUGUUGGAUACAGUGGCUCCAAUGGCUUCUUCGCUUUCAAUCGGGACACACUUGUCCAACUUUCAACAUCUGCGGAAUCCUAGAAUUCCACUUCAUGGUCUUUGCCCUGUUGAUUAUUCGCCGUCAUCUCAAUCUCAACCCCUUUUUGCUGGAAUCAGAUUUCGAGCUUCCUCUCCCAGGUUGCUUCGUACUGUUGUAUUGGCACGCGCAGAAGAUAAGGCUAGAGCUCCUACACCUUCUUCGUUUCAGUCUCAGCAAAAUUCCCAGGAACAGUUCCAGGACAUGACGUCAGAAUCUGGAAAUUGUGAUCCUCUAUGUUCGGUUGAUGAAACAAGCUCAGAAGAUUUUGAAGGCAACUACCAGCCUAAGACUGAUUUGCUCAAAGCGGUUGCGAUAUUAGCAGCAGCUGCAACUGGGGCUGUGGCAAUUAACCAUUCUUGGGUGGCAGCUAAUCAGGAUCUUGCAAUGGCAUUGCUAUUUGUGAUAGGAUAUGCAGGCAUCAUAUUUGAAGAAUCUCUAGCGUUUAAUAAAAGCGGAGUGGGAUUGUUGAUGGCUGUUAGCUUAUGGGUGAUACGGAGUAUUGGGGCUCCGUCAACGGAUAUAGCUGUUUCAGAGCUAACACAUGCAUCUGCGGAAGUCAGCGAAAUAGUGUUUUUCUUGCUUGGUGCAAUGACCAUUGUUGAGAUAGUUGAUGCUCAUCAAGGAUUCAAGCUAGUUACUGACAAUAUAAAAACCCGAAACCCACGCCUUCUGCUCUGGGUGGUUGGAUUUGUUACAUUUUUUCUCAGUUCAAUUCUAGACAACCUGACAUCCACCAUAGUCAUGGUUUCUCUUUUGCGGAAAUUAGUACCUCCAUCAGAGUAUCGAAAGAUUCUUGGAGGUGUUGUUGUAAUAGCAGCAAAUGCUGGAGGUGCAUGGACUCCUAUUGGUGAUGUUACUACUACCAUGCUAUGGAUACAUGGUCAAAUAUCUACAUUACCAACAAUGAAGGAUUUAUUUAUACCUUCAGCCAUUUCCCUUGCUGUUCCCCUGGCUCUAAUGUCCCUGACUAGUGAAGUUAGUGGGAAGGGCAGUGAUUCUCCCAAUGUCUUGGCAUCUGAACAGAUGGCUCCUCGAGGACAGCUUGUUUUCUCAGUUGGUUUAGGAGCUUUGAUUUUUGUCCCAGUUUUCAAGGCCCUCACCGGAUUGCCUCCGUUCAUGGGGAUGCUGCUUGGUCUUGGUGUGCUUUGGAUCCUCACUGAUGCUAUCCAUUACGGCGAAUCGGAAAGGCAGAAGCUAAAAGUUCCACAGGCUCUGUCAAGGAUAGACACUCAAGGAGCACUGUUCUUCCUGGGAAUUCUUUUAUCCGUUAGCAGUCUGGAGGCAGCGGGGAUUCUUCGAGAAAUAGCAAAUUACCUUGAUUCUCAUGUCCCGAAUAGCGAACUGAUUGCAAGUGCUAUUGGAGUCAUAUCUGCAAUAAUAGACAAUGUUCCCCUGGUUGCUGCAGCAAUGGGAAUGUAUGACGUCACUGCUUUCCCUCAAGAUUCUGAGUUCUGGCAAUUAGUUGCAUUUUGUGCUGGUACUGGUGGAUCCAUGUUGGUUAUUGGCUCAGCUGCUGGAGUUGCAUUCAUGGGAAUGGAAAAGGUGGACUUCUUUUGGUACUUUCGAAAGAUUAGUGGCUUUGCUUUUGCUGGUUACGCCACUGGUAUUGCUGCCUAUUUAGCGUUUCAUAACCUCAACGUUUCUCUACCGACAACUCUAGCCGAAGUUCCUUUCCUUUCUGGUUCAUAAAUUGAGAAUUCAGAGUUCAUUUGAUUCAGUUUUUAUGGGCAUCAAAAGCAGCAUGGUUUCAAAAUUAUGAAUACAAGUAGACUCUAGCAUAAGUUGGCAAAGGUUAAGAUUUUGAUCAACAAGAAGUUAUGUAUAGGGGCGUCUCUCAAAUGAGAGCAUAAGAGGUUAAUCUUUAUUGUAUAAUCAUAUAUGAAUGAUCAGGAUUAUUUUAUUUAAAUUUCAUUUUGAUCAUCCAUUAUGAUUAUGAUUAGCUCCAACAAUGAGAUCAUCCUCUCACUUGAUACACUGAAUAAAUCCUUAUGUAUGUGUGUUUGGGAGCAUAUCAGGUACGACUUACGAGUGCAAAAUUUAUUUAGACAAAAUUAAUAAUUCAAUUGUAA